CUCCAAUGUUGCCCAAACAGCGGGAAGGAAAUGCUGAGUCCCCCUUAUCAUCCAGUGUCUAGGGAUGAAGUGCGGUGGCUACUCAUGGGUUAGACCUCAUUGUUGCUGAUCAUCAUGCAUCUGCUACCCCAUCUGGUAAUAUCAACUCUGCAGAACAGGAUGCCCCUCCCAGGGCACUGCAUUAAUAGAGACUUUGGGUCACUCCUCAGUCAGCAUCCCAGAGAGCCUAAUAGAAGAAGAAAGGGCUGCAAAUAGCCAGGGGGAGUUCUGCCCACACAGCUGUGAUUCAGCUUUCCCUCCUUGGCUCAGAGUGUGGAACCCAGAGAGCAUGGCUACGACUGGGCUGGCCCGGGGUCUGUCCUCUGGUCUAGUUCCUAGGACUCUCCAAUCUUGGCUGCUGUACAGGAUGGACAAGCCUGGCUGUUCUCGCUACUACCGGGCAGCAAUCUGCAGGAAGCUGAAGGUCCCCCUGGCUAUUGAGGAAGUGCCCACUCGCCCAAUCCAGCCGAAUGAGGUCAGAGUUGAUGUCCAUUUCUGUGGAGUUAACUUUGCAGACAUCUUAACUUGUCGGGGACAGUAUCAGGAGAGUCCUUCACUUCCCUUCACACCUGGAUUAGAGCUUGCUGGGCAGGUAUUGGAGAUCGGCACAAAUGUCAGCACAAUAAAAGAGGGUGAUCGGGUCAUUAGUGUGAAUAACUUUAGUACCAUGGCUGAACAAUGCAUUGUUGAUCAAAAGAAAGUGUGGCAGAUUCCAGAAGGGAUCUCCUACCAAGAAGCCGCCGCACUUCCCGUAUGUUAUGGUACUGCCAUCCUGGCCCUAGAGCAGCGUGCACGGACACAGCCUGGGGAAACUGUUUUGGUGACAGCAGCAGCUGGUGCCACAGGCCUCGCCUUGAUAGAUGUAGCAUCCAACAUUCUCCAGGCCAAGGUGAUCGCAGCGGCUGGAAGUGAUGAGAAGUGCAAGCUGGCACUGCAGAGAGGGGCGAAGGCUGCUGUGAAUUACAGUCAGGGCAAUCUGAAGGAGGAACUGAAGAAACUAACAGGCGGUCAGGGGGUCGAUGUGGUCAUUGAUGCUGUGGGAGGAGAUGUUUGCCUCACUGCCCUCCGCAGCCUGGCUUGGGAGGGCAGGAUGGUGGUGAUAGGCUUUGCAGGAGGAACAAUUCUGUCUAUCCCAUCCAACCUGCUCCUGGUGAAGAAUGUGACAGCCAUGGGCGUGUACUGGACCCGAUAUCAGAAAGAGAACUUCUCAGUCUUCUCGAGGUGCAUGUCCUCAGCUCUUCAGUACUGCCAGGAAGGAUCCAUCAGGCCACACAUUGGAGGAGUCUUUAAGCUGGAGGAGAUCAAUGAUGCCUUUGAGCACGUGACCCAGCGCAAAACUACAGGCAAAGUGAUUCUCUCUGUUAAAUGAACCCGUUUGUUAAGACCUGGAUGUCAAAGCCCUUCCUUGCUGCUCCAUAGGAAUAUGUUGUUUUCACAUUUCUGCAGUCUCAGAGAGAGAGUGUGCAGCAAAUGGAUCCUCCAGCCACCAUGCUUUUGCACCACUGGUUGGCCUUGUCUAGAAGGCACUUCUUUCUCACCUCAGUCUUCUAAACACAAAUUGGAUGCCACCUCCUGCUUCUCUUCCCCCACAUUCUUCUUUAGAACUCUUUCUCUAAAUUAUUUAGUUUCACUUUCUAUGUAUACUUUUCAUUUGCACUUGCUUAUCUAUGUAGGAGAAUAAAAGCUCCUUGAGGCCAGGCUGUUACUUUAGUUUUUGAGGGAGUGGAUAGAUUUAGUAAGGGUGGAUGUUUCUCUAGCACACAGAACAGUCCCUUGUGCAAAGGAGGUGAUUAAAGUAGAGCAGCCAGGUGGCACAGUGGUCAGCUAGGUGGCACAGUGGAUAAAGUGCUGGGCUUAGAGUCAGGAAGACUCAUUUUUCUGAGUUCAAAUCUGGCCUCAGACACUA